CAGCAAGCGAGUCAUCAACAUCAAUGUUGGACAUGUCUACAGAUAUUCCAUCAACGCUUGGUCAUGUUGACAUCGAUGAGUGCAUUGAUGGUAGCCAUACUUGUACGGGAUAUUCAUACUGUAAUAAUACACUAUUGGGAUUUGAAUGCUUAUGCAUUGAUGGCUUCAAUAUUGGACCAAAUGAUACAUGUAUUGAUAUAAAUGAAUGUGAUGGGAAUCACUCAUGCACGGGAUAUUCAUAUUGUAAAAAUACUUUGGGGAGUUUUGAUUGCCCAUGCCUUGAUGGGUUCACACGAGACCAACAUGGCAUAUGCGUUGACGUGGAUGAGUGUUCAACUGAAGGUAUGUGUCCUGUAAAUUCAAACUGUAUCAACAAUAUAGGAUCGUAUGUCUGUGAAUGCGACCCAGGCUACAAUAAAACAUUUGAUGACACAUGUGAAGAUGUAAACGAAUGUUUGUCUGUUACUUGCAAAAUUAACUCUCACUGUGAAAAUACAAUAGGAAGCCACUUUUGUCUGUGUGACGACGGCUAUGCUGAUAUAGAAAGUCAAUGCCAGGACGUCAAUGAAUGUCUGGAAAGUCCCUGCCAAGAUCACGCAUUGUGCAUUAAUGAGCCUGGGACAUUUCGAUGUGAUUGCAAUUUUGGAUUUAUAGAUCAAGGUGGCGUAUGUAUAGAACCAAAUAAGUUUUCAUUGACGUUGCGAGUACUCCGUAUCAACG